AUGGCGAUUAGGGUUUUUCUCACCCUUCUUCUCUUUCUCUCGCUAACCAAUCUCGCUUCUUCGAUUUACGAAGAUCAAGUUGGUCUCAUGGAUUGGCACCAACAGUAUAUAGGGAAGGUAAAGCAUGCUGUGUUUCAUACUCAGAAGACUGGGCGGAAGCGUGUUUUAGUGUCGACUGAAGAGAAUGUUGUGGCUUCACUCGACCUUCGGCAUGGAGAGAUUUUUUGGAGGCAUGUUCUUGGCACCAAUGAUGUUGUUGAUGGAAUUGACAUUGCCCUUGGAAAAUAUGUCAUUACUCUUUCCUCUGGUGGAAGUAUAUUGAGAGCAUGGAACUUACCUGAUGGGCAGAUGGUUUGGGAGUCUUCCCUUCAGGGAUCAAAGGAAUCAAAGUCAAUAUUAAACAUUCCAAAAAAUUUGAAAGCUGACAAAGAUGAUUUGGUUCUUGUUUAUGGUAAAGGGUAUCUCCAUGCCAUUUCUGGCAUAGACGGUGAAAUUCUCUGGAGGAAAGAUUUUGCUGGUGAGAGCAUUGAAGUUAACCAUAUUAUUCAGUCUCCUGAAGUGAUCUAUGUAGCUGGUUUUGUUGGUUCUUCAAAGUUUUACGUGUAUGAAUUGAAUGCUAAGAAUGGAGAGUUGCUAAAGAAUAAUCAUAUAACACUUCCCUUUGGAACUUCUGGGGAAUCGUUAUCAGUCCCAGACCUCGUCAAGGAUUUGUCUGGACAGGCAGUAAUACUACCAUCAAGGCUUCCAGGACUGUUCGCAUUAAAAAUCAAUUCCCACGUUCUUUUCAUUAAAGUGACUGCUGAAGGUGAGUUGGUGCUGGUGGACAAAAUUGAUAAUGCAGCAGCUUUUAGCAAUGCCCUGUCAAUUUCAGAGAAUCAACAUGUUUUUGCAUUUGUUCAAUAUGAAGACAAUAAAAUCCACCUAUCUGUAAAGGAUGUUAAUGAUUGGAAUGGUGAUUUGCUAAAGGAAGACCUGGUAGUAGACUAUCAAAGAGGAAAUAUUGAGAAGAUAUUCAUAAACAAUUAUGUCAGGACAGAUAGAUCUCAUGGGUUCAGAGCAUUGAUGGUAAUGGAGGAUCAUUCACUUCUAUUAGUUCAACAAGGAGAAAUUGUCUGGAGUAGAGAGGAUGGUCUCGCCUCAGUUGUUGAUGUAACAACAUCAGAACUACCUGUGGAAAAAGAUGGUGUAUCUGUGGCAAAAGUAGAACAGAACCUAUUCGAAUGGCUUAAGGGACAUGUGCUGAAACUCAAAGGAACUCUAAUGAUUGCAAGCCCUGAGGAUAAAGUAGCUAUUCAAAAGCUUAGGUUGAGGAGUUCUGAGAAAAGCAAAAUGACUCGUGACCAUAAUGGUUUUCGUAAAUUGCUUAUAGUGCUUACAAGGGCAGGAAAGGUUUUUGCUUUGCAUACUGGGGAUGGACAUGUUCCGCAUCAUCAUGCACUGGAUGAGAAUCCAUCUAUUCUUGUCAUUGGGCGAUGUGCACCAAGUUUGAGUGCACCAACUGUUCUUUCUUUCCUUGAUGCGUACACAGGGAAGGAACUCAAUUCUCUGAGUCUUGCUCAUACUGUUGCUCGAGUUAUUCCACUGCCUUAUACUGAUUCAACUGAACAGCGUCUGCAUCUUAUUAUAGACAUAAACAAGCAUGCAUAUUUAUACCCAAGAACUCCUGAAGCUAUUGAGAUUCUGAAACUGGAUGAAUACUGCUUUGUAUCCAGGGACUUAUGGUCAAUUGUAUUCCCAUCUGAAUCAGAAAAGAUUAUUGCAACAGUGACAAGAAAAUCAAAUGAGGUUGUUCAUACUCAAGCAAAAGUUAUGACUGACCACGAUGUCCUGUACAAGUAUAUAUCAAAGAAUAUACUCUUCGUCGCAAAUGCAGCACCAAAAGCCAGUGGGGAAAUCGGAACAGCAACCCCUGAGGAGGCUUCGUUGGUCAUCUAUAUCAUUGAUACCGUGACUGGUCGCAUAUUGCAUCGCAUGACCCAUCAUGGUUGCCAGGGUCCUGUUCACGCUGUAUUUAGUGAAAACUGGGUUGUCUAUCACUAUUUUAAUCUCAGGGCUCAUAGACAUGAGAUGUCAGUUAUUGAGGUCUAUGACCAGUCUCGGGCGGAUAACAAAGAUAUUUGGAAGUUUGUUCUUGGGAAGCAUAAUCUUACAUCGCCCAUCUCUUCUUAUUAUCGGCCAGAAAUCUCAGCAAAAUCUCAAUCAUACUUCUUUACUCACUCUGUGAAAGCCAUCGAAGUGACUUCAACUGCUAAGGGUAUAACCUCUAAGCAGCUUCUUAUUGGAACAAUUGGUGAUCAGGUUUUGGCACUUGAUAAACGAUUUUUGGAUCCCCGGCGGACUCUCAAUCCCUCACAAGCUGAGAAAGAAGAAGGAAUUAUUCCUCUUACUGAUUCAUUGCCAAUCAUUUCUCAGUCCUAUAUUACACAUUCCCUAAAAGUAGGUGGUCUGCGAGGUAUAUUAACAGUGCCCGCCAAAUUGGAGUCUACAUCCCUCGUCUUUGCCUAUGGAGUAGAUCUAUUUUUUACUCAGAUUGCUCCUUCUAGGACUUACGAUUCACUGACUGAAGAUUUCAGCUAUGCUCUACUUCUUCUAACAAUUGUUGCCCUUGUAGCAGCAUUAUUUGUUACUUGGAUAUUAUCAGAGAGGAAAGAUCUACAAGAGAAAUGGAGAUGA